AUGGCGUCUGCUGAUCUGAGAGCCGAGCUGGAAUGUUCCGUCUGUCUGGACAUUUAUACAGAUCCUGUAAUGCUGAAAUGUGGACACAACUUCUGCCGGUUCUGUAUUGAUCGUGUGCUGGAUACACAGGAGGGGUUCGGAGGUUAUUCCUGUCCUGAAUGCAGAGAGAAGUUCCGGGAGCGGCCUGCACUGCAGAGGAACAGAAAACUGCGUAACAUAGUGGAGAAUUUCCUGUCUGCUCAGCCAGAUCAGGAGGAGUCCGGGGUCCUCUGUACUCACUGUGUGGACUCUCCUGUACCUGCUGUUAGAUCCUGUCUGCUCUGUGAGGUUUCUCUGUGUGAUAAACACCUGAGAGUCCACAAAAAGUCUCCAGAACACGUCUUAUGUGACCCCACCUUGUCCAUGGAGAGCAGGAAGUGCUCCGUUCAUAAGGAAGUAUUUAAGUAUUUUUGCUCUGAGGAUGAUAUCUGUGUCUGUGUGUCCUGCUGUCUGAUUGGAGGUCACACCGGUCAUAAGAUGGAGUCUCUGGAUGAGGCUUCUGGGAAGAAGAAGGAGACACUGAGGAAUGUUCUACAGAAACUUCUGACAAAGAGAGAGGAGACGGAGGAAAGAGUCCAGAGUCUGCAGGGACACAGGAGGGAAGUAGAAGAAAAAUCAGCCGGUGACACAGAGAGAGUCUCUGCCAUGUUUAGAGAGCUCAGGAGACGUCUGGAAGAUCUGGAGAAGAGAGCCCUGAGUGAGAUCUCCGGGAGGGCCGAGCGGACCUCCAUCUCCGUGUUGGAUAUGAUCCAGGAGCUGGAAAUAAAGAAGGACGAGCUGUCCAGGAAGAUGGAAGCUGAAGACAUAUUACUGGAUGUGAGCACAGCUGGUAAUAAUCUACAGAUAUCAGGUGACCGGAAAACUGUAACCAGUAACAGAGUCGGGAUAUAUCUGGAUUAUGAGGCCGGGCGGAUCUCCUUUUAUGAUCUGUGUGACCCGAUCCGACACCUCCACACCUUCACCACCACCUUCACUGAGCCCCUCCAUGCCGGGGUAUGUGUAGGGGGAGGUUGUAUAAAGAUCUGUGGGGGGAAUCGGGAGAUUUGAGAACCCCGUCCACAGACUGAUGACAUCA